UUUUUAUGUUAAAUGUAUUAAAUAUAUCAUAUUAGGAAAUAAAUUCUGAAAAAAAAAAUAUAAUCAGCAGGUAACGGUGAGAGUGGAAAGCUUAUCAGAAUGAAAUACUUGAGAGGACAGUAUAAAUAUCCUGUGUGAGGUCUGCAAAUUGUCUCUUACUUCGGCAGCAACUCUCAAGUUUGACUACUGAGAGGUACAAAGUGAUCAUUCAUCCAAAAUGGGCCUAAAUCAUUUCAUUCUUUUCUUUUUUCUAGGAUUAGUUCAGUUCUCUCUGGGAAAAAGAUGCCUUGGCUGCCCUAAGAAUUUAGACAUACAUGAUCAAGAACUCCAUGAUUACUUGAGUAAAAAACUUCAUGACCUAAAGGGAGUUAUUCCUAAAGGAACAGUUACUGAGACGGAAUUGGAGUUGGUUCGAGUAAAAAAUGCUCAAGAACAGGUUGUUUCUGGAAUACAAUACUCCUAUCAAUUUGAAGCAAUAGGACUGAAUUCCAACCAAAUGUAUGACUGCAGUCUCAAAGUGCUCAGGCAACCUUGGUUGGGGCCAGAUAAAAUUACUGAAUACUCUUGUAAUCUUUUCAUUUCAAAUGGAAACAGAAGGCUACUUCCUGGAGGAGAAAUUAUUAUUGACGUACACAAGGAUAAUGAACUUGAAGAAUUGAAAUCAUUUAUCAGUCAAGAAAUUGGCAAGGUUCAACAUUCAGAAUAUUUGAUGAUUGUCAUGCAGUAUUUAAAAGCUACAAAGCAGGUAGUGGAAGGAAUACUAAUUAAAACUACAGUGCAAAUUGGAAUUACGAAUUGUCAUCUGAAACUUAAUUCUGCUGAUGCUGACUGCCAACAUAAAUUACAAGGUCACCAAGUUUGUGAUGUCCAAGUGUGGUUAAAGCCCUGGAUGAAGUUUAAGCAAGUAACUGUGGUUCAAUGUCAACCAUUGCAGUCCAAUUACUUUGAGAAGUGUGUUGGUUGCCCUAUUGAAAAAGAUCCAAACAGUGCUUUCAUCAAACAAUCUUUAGAAAAAACAUUAUACAAACUCAACAAAGAAUCUCACACAAGCCAAAAACUAUCUCUUGUCAAAAUCAACAAAGCUACAUCCCAGGUCAUAAAUGGAAUCAAACUUACAGUAUAUUUUGAUGCACAAGAUGCAAAAUCUCACAGAAAAUAUACCUGCAAAGCAGUAAUUAUUUUACCUCCAUCAAGCUCCGAGGAACAAAUAGAGGAUGAAUUUAAUUGCACCCCGGUUUCAGCAUACUGACAGCCAGUACAUCAUGAUUACAUUUGCUGCAUGAGAAAUGAGGGAUCUUCAAACUCCAACAACAAUGUACCUUCACUUAGGAAAGACUGACAUUUUAACAAUAUAGCUAAUUAGUAAUUAAGUGUAAUUAUAGUUAUGUAAAUAUAUGUUAAUAUUGUAUAUCAUCAAUAAAUUACCUUUGAUUUUCUAAAAUGAAGCCUUUCUAU